CUUGUAGCUGAGCUGUUAAUCAUCUAUGAGAGGGAGGCCGAACAAUGGGCAACCUAUCUGCGUUCAGUCUUCACUGGUCCAAUCUCAGAGGCCGGGAUCUGCUGCUAUGACAUCGCCGCAGUGUCUAGUCGGCAGGAAGACUUCCUCAGGCUGGUCCAGUAUACCUGCAAGCUCCUGAUCCUUUCCAAAGGCAUGCUGGAGGGUCUGUGCCAUAAGCGGCGCUUCUUCCUGGCCCGCGUAUUGCGUCCGGCAGCCCAUGUGGUGGUGCUGCUGUGUGGGGUGGAGAGUCUGACCCCACUGCUGGAGCUGGUGCCCCUGAACGCCGACGAGUGCCUGCAGGUCUCCAGUGAACAAGACGUUCAUGAGUACCUGGCCACUGUGAACGAUAUUGUGGGAAAAGGUGUGUUAGCAGCAGCAAAUGUCAAGCCCUUGACACGUCAACUGUGGGGAUCAGCGCGACAAAAGCCGACACGUGUCAACUCCAGCAUUGUGGUCGUUCCGGCCAGAGUUCCAUGCGGGAGCUCUACGGAAGUGUUCAUCCUGUUGAGAAAUGAGUCGGCUGGCAGCGACGCCGAGGUGGAGUUCACCGGCGAGAAUCGGAUGCUGAGAGUGAGGCCCGCGUGCUGGAAUGAGCGGAUCCUCUGCGUCGACGCGCCAGAUUUUCCAGCAGGAAAUGUACGAGUGACCGUGUACAGCGGAGGGGUGCCACUGAGCAAGGCACAGCUGCAGUACUACAGCAACAUGGAGGAAAUAGCCUCCCUGCUAGCGAGGGCAGCAGACCCCGUAGAUUUCAUGUGUCAGGCUCUUCAGGAGUCCUCUGUGGAGAAGCUGGACCAGAGGUUGUCCUCCAUGUUGGUGGUGGGCAUGCCUAGCAGAGGAUUUCAGGGACUGCAGUGUGAAAACACACCUGGAAGAGAGCUCCACCAUGCAGACGCACCAUCGCUCCUCCACUUUGCUGCCCAGUAUGGAUUCAAGGGUGUCUCCAGCCUGCUCCUGCAGUGUCCAGGUGCUGAGCGAGCGCUGCACACGGCCAACCGCCAUGGACAGACGCCCACGGAGAUCGCCAAGAGUCGAGGCCACACAGAGCUUCACGUCUUACUGAAGGAAACACUGAAUAUGUUCAGCUCGGGCGGAGACGAUGGGGAUGCCGGUGUGUACGAAAUGAUGUGCGCCGCAGGGACUCCGUCCGCCACAAGCCUACAACAGGAGCAGCGAGGAGGGCACGAGGAGGGGGAGGAUGAGGAUCUCUACGUGCCGCUGGAGGAGAAUGAUGAAUAUGACACCGUCCUGAACUCCACAAAAGCCGUGGACAUAGCCAGUCGCCCACCGGCGCCCACGCCGCGGCCUGAGAUCACCCACGUGAAGGAGGACAGCACCCCUUACAUCACCAAAGUGUUCCAGAAGAAGACGAGCCCACAGGGCUAUGCUGAUCCGUAUUAAUUUCCCACUAAAGCAUGCGGGCGGGAGGACAGCGUCCCCUCCGCCUAUGAUACCUUUGUGCCAAACCAGACAAAUGGCAUGCUGCAGCUCAUUGAGCUCCAGCAGAGGGUGAAGGCGGGUUCACUCACUGUGGACGGGGCCCUGGAGCGCUUCAGCGCAUGGCAGCGGGCUCAGAAGGGCAUGGACGCCGUCCAGCAGGAGAAGUUUAGUCAUCUGAGAGACAGAAUCGUCAAAAGCAGAAACGACGGCGUCUACGAUAAAAUCAACAUCGUUCAUCACACGCCAAGUGAGUCCUUUUUGAAUACUCGAAGGGGAAGCCAAGAGGAGGAGUCUGGCUUUUACAGCAAGCCACUUAAAGGACAGCAUUCGGGUUUCUUCUCAAAAGGUGACAAACGGUGAAGGUUCCAUCACUCUACAGUGACUCUAUUCUCCCACCGGUUGUGUCACCAUUUUAAUCUGUUUGAAUACAUGAUCUAUCUUUUAACUGUAUUUCAAAGUAAUAAGACUAAUGACAAUUAUUUGUAUAUAUAUAUUCUUACUAUAUUUCAGUUGUAUUGUCUCU